ACCUUCAUCACUGCAUUACCACUCCCAAUUUAUCGUUUGUCUUGCCCGCAUGUUUAUCUAACAAAUAAUUUAACUAUUAAAUCUCGAUUUGAUACCCUUUAUACAACUUUUAUUUUUGCCUAUCAUAACUUUGCACCGUUCACGACGAUUCCUAUUCAUUUCCCAUUUUCAAUAACAACCUCCCAUAAACAAUAAUGAACCGUGUCAAGGUCGAAGACGAUUACAACAUCAGCGACUGGUAUUCUGCAUCGAGAGAAAGUAGGGUCGUGUCGAUGGCUAUUGACAACCAGCGCGUGGUAAACUUUCAAAAUGCUCAUAACAUAAACCCUAUGCCCCAGAACUUUUACAAUGGCCCGCCACACCAGCAGUACACGACCAAGCCAACUGUGGUAAUUCAGCCUCAGCCCAGUCCACAACAUCACCAUCAGCCACGGCUGCAGCCAGUGCAUGAUCAUCACCAGCAGCGACAACUGCAGCAGCAGCAAGCAUAUAACCCAAAUGGCGGGACUGUUCGCUACAAUGAAGUUGGCAGCAAUGCUGCUUAUUACGGAGAAUUCAAUGACUAUAAUGAGAAGCCAACGAGUUCACGCAGCAUGGGCCGCUCCGAUGAGUCUGGAUACGAAUACGGGCACCGCCCUACCACGACGAGCACUGUCGGAUCUACACGCGCGCUGGUCGCCCCGUAUCCAGCCAGGGCGCAGCCAAUGCAGAGCCGCCAGCAGCUGCUACCCAGCAUUACUAUCCCGAGCAAGAAGGAAGGAAUUGCAUACUCUGAACCAUCCAGCGCGUCAUCUGGAUACAGUCCUCCGUCGCAGCCCGCAGCAAUAACAGGACAAUAUUCUGCCACAUCGCAGCUUUCACGCAAUAAUUCGUUCAAUGAUCGCUACACUGGGCGCAAAGCUGGUGGAGAUUCGUGCUGCGGUGAAUGCUGCGAGUCGUGCUGUGGCAAAUUUAUGAGGUGCACUUGCUGCCGCUUGCACCCAGCCGUCUCGUGGCUACUUGUGAUACUUGUGCUGAUUGGAAUAGCACUGGGGUUGUACUUCAACUGGAGCAAGAUUGUCAACGCAGUGGACAAGCUUGACAACACGCCUUCGGUGACGCCAGCGACGCCAGCGACCCCAGAUGCGGCAGAGACCCCAACGACCACCGAUGUUAUAAACUCGCUGUCUUCGCUGAUAUCGUUUGCAAUGGAAGGUCCAGAUACAGCAUAAGUUACCACUCAUGUUGACCGGUCUCGACUGCAUUUGUGCUGGCAUCACUUACAUUCACUUUUGUGG